AGGCCGGCCCGAUGGGGCGGGACUCGGCGGGCGAGGAGGGGCGGGCGGCGCGACGUCCACGCCCCGCGCUCGGGCCGGACCGGGAGGGUCUUCGGCUCUCGGCUGGGCUGGCGGGUGAGGUGCUCGGGUCCGAAGCGGCGCCAUGCGCGGCGCCCCUGCCUCGCCGCUGCUGCUGCUGCUUGCUUGGCGGGGCCCAAGUGCCCGCUCACGGACCUCGGCAGCCCGCGCGUGGACCCAGGGCGCCCGCGCGCGGACCUCGUUGACCCAUGAGUGGACCCAGGGCGUCCGCGCGCGGACCUCGUUGGCCCAUGAGUGGACCCUGGUCGCCCGCGUCCCCGGGCCCCUGCCGGCGCGGCCGGGGCUGCCGGGCGGCGCAGGCCUCGCGCGGGCGCUGGGGCGGUGGGCCGGGUCCUCCGGUGCUCUCCGGGGCGCGGUACUGGCCGGACCUCUCGCUCCGCGCCCUCCGCGCACCCGGCUCCAGGGCGGCUCCGCGGCCGCGGCCCGGGCGGGAGAUCCCGGGGACAACUCGCGGCGACGCCUCGCGGCGGCCGGGCGCCCGGAGGCCUGGAAGCUCCUGGGGCUGGUGCGCCCCGAGCGCGGGAGGCUGGCAGCUGCUGUUGGGUUUCUGGCCAUGUCCAGUGUCAUCACCAUGUCUGCCCCUUUUUUCCUGGGGAAGAUCAUUGACGUCAUCUAUACCAACCCCACUGCGGACUACAGUGACAGCCUGACCCGCCUCUGUGUGGGUCUCACUGGUGUGUUUCUGUGUGGUGCUGCUGCCAAUGCCGUCCGUGUCUACCUCAUGCAGUCUUCAGGUCAACGCAUCGUGAAUAGGUUGCGCACAUCACUCUUCUCCUCCAUUCUGAAGCAGGAGGUCGCUUUCUUUGACAAGACGCGCACUGGAGAGUUGAUCAACCGCCUCUCUUCGGAUACUGCACUGCUGGGACGCUCGGUGACCGAAAACCUCUCAGACGGGCUGCGGGCUGGGGCCCAGGCCGCGGUCGGAAUUGGCAUGAUGUUUUUUGUCUCACCUAGUCUGGCCACCUUCGUCUUGAGUGUGGUCCCUCCAAUAUCCAUCCUUGCAGUGAUUUAUGGACGAUACCUGCGGAAACUGUCCAAAGCCACACAGGAUUCUCUGGCACAAGCCACACAGUUAGCUGAGGAACGCAUUGGAAACAUCAGAACCGUCCGAGCUUUUGGGAAAGAGAUGGCGGAAGCGGAGAAGUACGCCAGCAGUGUCGACCACGUGCUGCAGCUAGCAAGGAAGGAGGCCCUCGCUCGGGCAGGCUUCUUUGGAACAACUGGGCUCUCUGGGAACCUGAUUGUGCUCGCUGUCCUGUACAAGGGAGGCCUGCUGAUGGGCAGUGCCCACAUGACAGUGGGUGAACUCUCUUCCUUCCUAAUGUACGCUUUCUGGGUUGGAUUAAGCAUUGGAGGUCUGAGCUCUUUCUACUCGGAGCUGAUGAAAGGCCUGGGCGCCGGUGGGCGACUCUGGGAGCUUUUGGAGAGACGGCCACAGCUGCCUUUUAAUGAGGGAGUCACAGUAAGUGAGAAAAGCUUCCAGGGUGCCUUGGAGUUCAAGAACGUGCACUUUGCCUACCCAGCUCGCCCAGAGGUGCCUGUGUUUCAGGAUUUCAGCCUUUCCAUCCCAGCAGGAUCUGUCACCGCGCUGGUUGGCCCAAGUGGUUCUGGCAAAUCAACUGUGCUCUCACUCCUGCUGCGGUUAUAUGACCCUGAUUCUGGAAUGGUGAGUCUCGAUGGCCAUGAUAUCUGCCAGCUAAACCCAGUCUGGCUGAGGUCCAAGAUUGGGACAGUCAGUCAGGAGCCAGUUUUGUUUUCCUGCUCCAUUGCUGAGAACAUUGCCUAUGGUGCCGACAACCCUUCCUUGGUGACAGCUGAGCAGGUAGAGAGGGUGGCAGAAGUGGCCAACGCUACCAUGUUCAUCCGGAGCUUCCCCCAGGGCUUCCACACUGUGGUCGGGGAGAAGGGCAUCCUCUUGUCAGGUGGGCAGAAGCAGCGGAUUGCAAUUGCCCGUGCUCUGCUUAAGAAUCCGAAAAUUCUACUACUGGAUGAAGCAACUAGUGCACUGGAUGCUGAGAAUGAGCACCUGGUACAAGAGGCUCUUGACCGACUGAUGGAGGGAAGAACAGUCUUGAUUAUCGCCCAUCGCCUGUCCACCAUCAAGAACGCUAACUUCAUUGCCGUUCUUGACCAAGGAAAAAUCACCGAGCAUGGGAAACAUGAAGAACUGCUUUCAAAGCCAGAUGGGCUGUACAGAAAACUUAUGAACAAACAGAGCUUUCUGUCAGCAUAAUGAAGCAGUUACUGGGGUUGAGCACGGUGAUUCAUGUCUGUAAUCCUGGCACUCAGGAGACUGAGGCAGGAUGCCUUGUGAGUUUGAGGCCAGCCUGAGCUACACAGACUUUGUCUCAAAAAGAAAGCAGUUACUGGUAGAUUGAAUAUGAGACUUAAGAGCAGCAUUGCAGGAAAAAACCUUAACAGACUAUAUGAAAUGUAUGAAUCAUACUUCAAGUUAUUUGAAAUAUGCCUAUUUUUCCCAAAGAAUGUAAAAUAUUGUUUCAAACUGUAUCCAUUCUCAAGACAUUUUUAUUCAGAGUUUUAAUAAUUGUAACUUUCUAAAUGUCUAUAGCAUUGAAGUUAUUUUCAGGUUUUGUACUUUUUGUCUUAGAAUAUUUUAAUUAAUGUACCACAGCAACUCAUUUUCUCCUGCCUGCUGUCAUAUUCAAGCUAUUGUCAAUUACAACUUUAAAAAGGGAAUUAUAAAUUAUUUUAGGCCGAUUUACCAAUUACUGUGGCCCACCUACUUUGGUUCUAAUUCUACUAAGUAGAAUAAUGGAAAAUGAAAAUGUAAACCUUUAUUGGAUCAUACUAAUCUCAUGAAAUGAACCUCAUACAGGUAGAAGCAGUGGACAUCAGUGGCCCCUGCCACAGCCUGUGUCUUCAGAGGCGGGAAUCAGGCGGAUGAGUUUUUUAGGUGUGUUUGAAUGAGUAAUUUGCAAAAUUUUGGCAUGUGAAAGACUGAUGGGUUUUUCAAAGAAAAGAAGCCCAUCCUUUGAUGAAGAAAGUCCUGUCUUUAUCCAAAUACUUGUUUCUACUUUUGGGGAUUGAGGCAUGAACCACCAGGUAUUAUCAAGAAAGAUGGAUAAAAAUGAAUUUUACACUUAAAUUGCCUGAGGCUUGUAUUUUUAAAAUUAUAUGUUUAAAAUGUGUAAUUUCCAGAUAAAUUGAAUUUUAAUUUAUAUUUUUGAAAUUUCAUUAGUAAGGCUAGAUCUGAGUAAUACAAAUAGUUUUCAACUUUGAGACAUGUUUAGAGAGUUUAGGAGUUCUUACUACUCUGCAGACAACUACAAGGAUCCCUAAGGAUAUAGCACCAUCCAGAAAAAGCACAUUAGUAACCCUGUUCUUCCACUUGUGGUUAUAACUUUAUUCAUCUACAUGUAGAUGAAGCUUCAUGCUUCCUAAAGCAAUGCCAGCAACCAAUGAGUUUGCCAAGGUUGGUGUCAGUGCUGUGAAUUUGGUGUUACCACAAGAAAAGUCCCAUUCUUCACUGAGGCCAGGGCCUAGGGGCUCAUGCUGAUGCAGGUAGGAUGGAGUUUUCCCUUGCUGUCAGUGUCUAUAGGCCCCUGACCACACUGGAGGAGGACACUACGGCUUUGUGAGAGGCAUGGAGUAUUAAAUUUUAUUCUACACGGGGGAAUUUAUGAAUGGAUAAGAAUGAAUGGGUAUUGAGUUGAGUUGGUAAACAAUACAGCUGUGAGAAUUUAACACACGUGUAUUCUUUAUGAUUUGCUAUUACAGUGUGGUUCUCAGAAGGCAAGCAACACAGCCACAAAGUCUGUUCUGAGGGAAAUCCUUGUCCCUCAGGACUGUUUACAAAAUUGAGUACGAUCAUUUUAUUUUCUAAUUCAAAAUCUUCCUUUGUGUCUAACAUUUUCUAUCAUAGAUUAAAAUUUGUAGUGAACUUUAUCUGUGUCACUUCUUGUAAGCUUUGCGCUACAUUCAGUUUCUUACUAGAAUCUGCAUGGAGAUUCAGGAGUAAAACAUCUAACAUUACAAACAUAGGAAAGCAAGUGAUAAUUGCAAACUCCAGCCCUUUCCAACUGUGAGAGUUUGCUAAUGGCCUCGCUUGUU